AAAUAAUAAUAAUAAUAAUAAUACUAUAUGUGCAAUUACAACAUAUAAAUACAAAUAGAGAUUAAGAAAUUAAGAAAUUAAGAGAUAAAUUAAAUAUAAUAUUAUGAACAAUGCAGCAAAAAAUAUUCAUCUUUCGAGUGGCUAUGUUAUGCCUUUUGUUGGAUCACCAAGUGAUCAUGGAGAUCCAAAAGGAAUAGAACAGUCUGUGCAAAGAUCACUUAAAGCGCUUAACACUACAUACAUUGAUUUAUACUUAAUUCAUUGGCCAGGUGUAUCUCGUACUCCAGAAAGUUCAACGAGCAAUCCAAGUUUAAGGGCAAAGACUUGGGAUAAGUUAAUAGAAUUGAAAAAGCAAGGGCUCAUAAAAUCUAUAGGAGUGUCUAAUUAUACAAUCAAACAUUUAGAAGAAUUAUUACAAAAUUGUAAAGAUACACCACCAGCUGUUAAUCAAGUCGAGUUGCAUCCACAUUAUCGUCAAGAAGAAUUAAUUAGUUAUUGCAACGAGAAAGGAAUUCAUGUACAAGCAUAUUCUUCUUUAGGAACUAGUAGCAGUACUAAUCUUUUAAAGGAUCCGGUUGUUGUAAAAAUAGCUUCUCAACUUAAUGUAUCACCAGCGCGAUUACUAUUAAAUUGGGCUUUGCAACAGGGGAUUGGCAUUAUUCCCAAAGCUAUAAAGAAAGAACAUAUAAGAGAUAAUAUACAGCUAAAUUUUGUAAUUGAUGAAGAGAGUAUGAAAGCUUUAUCUUGCCUUCCUCAGCAUAAAUAUGCUUGGGACCCUUCCAAUGUAUAUUAAUUAAAUUUAAAUAUAAAAUUAAUUAUUAAGUUUAAAUAUAAAAAACAAAAAAAAAUAUGGAAGAUUUUGCAGAUCAAAUUGCACAACUUUGUUUAGAAAAAUAUAAUAAGCUUAGUAAGAAUGGUAAACCAUUAGAGAAAGAAUGGACUGUGUUAUCAGGUGUGAUAUUAAAAAAAAAAGACAAUUCACUGAAUUUAGUAGCCCUUGCUACAGGAACAAAAUGCUUAGGAAAAUUAGAUUUAAUAAAUACAAAAAUAUACGAAGAAGGUUGUAGAUUAAAUGAUUCUCAUGCAGAAGUUCUUGUCAGACGUGCGUUUCUAAGAUACUUAUAUGAGCAAAUCGAUUUCUUACUCAGUGAUUUUAAAAGUGAUGUUUUUACAAUAAAUGAUAAGAAAAAAAUUAAACUACAUGAUGGAAUAUCGUUCCAUUUAUUUACGAGUCAAACUCCCUGUGGAGAUUGUUCUAUAUUUUUGAAAAAAGAAUUGUAUGAAGAUGAUAUACCUCCAACGAAAAUUAGAAAAUGUGAUUAUAAUAACGGAACAGAGACAGUAGAAUCAAAUAAUAAUAGAAAAGAAAAACAAUUAAUUAAAGAUAUAUAUAGAACCGGUGCAAAAUGUGUUAAAUCUGAAAAAUAUCAAGAUCCUCAUUUACCCGGAAUAAACUACCAUGUGGUUGGACCACUACGUACUAAACCAGGAAGAGGAAAUCCUACUCUUAGCUUAUCUUGUUCAGAUAAAAUAGCAAAAUGGAAUUUACUUGGAGUACAAGGAUCGCUUUUAUCAAUAUUAAUACCGCCAAUAAAAAUAGAAACUAUUAUAAUUGGAGGGAAUUGUCCUUUUUCCCUAGAAGCCAUGGAACGUGGAUUGUACAAACGAUUCAAUGAAAAAAUGUGUAAACUAAAAAUUAUACAAAGUAAACUUCCUUUUAAUCAACAAAAAAAUUCCGAGAGGAAAUAUCCAUGUCCAUCGAGUAUAAUAUGGUGUGCUGUAAGAAAUUGUAAUACUGAGGUAGCAGUUGAGGGUAGAAAACAAGGAGCUACAAAAAAAAAGAAAGGUAAUAAUUUGCUCAUAACGAGACGUGCCCUUUUUGAAACGUUUCUACGAACGUGUGAUAAAUAUCAACAUUCUGAUUGCAAUAUAAGACAUCCUAAAAAAAUAACCUAUUUAGAUUGCAAAAUGUGGUCAAAAAAUUAUCAAAGCUUAUGGAAUACUUUAAAAUCAGAUUCUUUCCAUUCUUGGCCUUCUAAACCAAUUCAUUUACAAACAUUUGUACUGUAGAAUACUUGAUAUUUUUUAAUGUACAAUAUAUAUUUUUUAAAACAAAAUAAAUGCAAUAAUGUUCGUUUUA